GGUCCCUUAGUUUCCAAGCAGUUGGAGGCUAGGUUUCCCACCUCCCCUCUUGCUAUUUCUCUGUUAUUCAUGUCUACCUCACUUUCUCUGUGGUCAGAGGAUAUGCUCUCAAGAUUUUGAUCCUUGAUAUCCGUUGAAGCGUGUUUUAUGAACCCAUGUGCAGUCAGUUUUGGUCACUGGCAUGCGUGCUGUAUGAGAUGUGUUGCAUGAAGCAGGCAUUCACUGGCUCCAAUUUCUUGUCCAUUGUUUUAAAAAUUGUCGAAGGUGACACGCCUUCACUUCCUGUGAGAUAUUCAAGAGAAUUAAACACUAUCAUGAAAAGCAUGUUGAACAAGAACCCUUCAUUGAGACCAUCUGCUAUAGAAAUAUUAAAAAUCCCUUACAUUGACAAACAACUACAGCACCUGAUGUGUAGAUAUUCAGAAAUGACUCUAGAAGACAAGAAUUUGAAUUAUCAAAAGGAGGCUGCUCAUAUAGUUAAUGCCAUGCAAAAAAAGAUCCACCUGCAGACUCUGCAGGCACUGUCUGAAGUGCAGAAAAUGACGCCAAGAGAGAGAAUGCGGCUGAGGAAGCUCCAGGAGGCUGAUGAGAAAGCCCAGAAGCUGAAAAAGAUUGUGGAACAAAAGUAUGAAGAAAAUAACAAACGGAUGCAAGAAUUGAGAUCCCAGAACUUUCAACAGCUGAGUAUGGAUGUACUCCAUAACAUGGGAGGCAGAGAAAACAUCCGGAUCUUGGCCCAACUCAGAUGAAGAAAGAGAAGAUUUCAUGAAGAUCCUAUGAAAUUCCCAACCCAUAACUUUCCAGUGACUUUCUAUCAGCACGGAACUCAGAUAGCAAGGGAGCAGAUCCACAGAGACCUUGGUUCAUUCUUGAGUGAUUCAAGG